AGAUAAGCAUCUCUGUCGCGGAGUGAUCUUCAUUACGUUUGUCCUUCUCGAGGCUCUGUACUUCUCUACUGUAUUUCCAUAGCAACUGCGGAGGACGCGAAAAGACAGCGUGAGGUGAAAAGAAAAACACAGGGCAGGCGGUUUGUUGAUUCUUGAUCCGCGAGAAAUGGAUGAUAUCGAACGGGCAAUUGACGAGGAGCUUAUGAAAUUAAACCUUCACCCUUCUGAAAAUGAUAUAGAGUCAGACGAUGACAGCAAUGAUUUGAAUAACGUUAGUAAUCUUCUUGUUGAAGGUGAGCUGCCUGACUCAGUGCUCACAUAUGUUGAAGCUUCAAGAAAUCAAAUCAGUGCUUUUGAAUACUUAAUCCUUAAAGAUGUGGAAGAAAAUGACAUUUCAAGCCAGGAACUGUUUCAUCUUAAUCACAGUAAUAAUCCUGCGACUGAACCAGCUUCAGAUUUCAUAGACGACCCCAUCAAUUGGAAAGAGAGAGUAAUCUCUGAAUUACAAUUUGGACUUCAAAGUCAUGUGGAGCCACAGAAAUCCGAACAGGAGAUUACAAAUACAUCAUGCACGGAAGAUAUAACUGAACAUGAUAUUUCCACUGAGAGUAAAUUGCAGUUUAGUCUUGAGUGGAGAGAAUUAGAGAAAAGGCUAAAUAAGGAAGAGGAGCAGAAACUAGCAGCACAUGAGGUAGAAAGAGAGCUGCAUUUGAACUCAGAGAGAGAAGAAGAGGAAAGGAGGAGGAAAAGACUGAUGGAGUUUGAGGAGGAGCUAAAGAAGAUCGGGAAGUUUCAUAAUGAUGGAGGAAAGGUUUAUCAUGCAGAAGAUCUUCAAGUGGAGCUGGAUAAGCAACAGACUUUAAUACAGAAACUGGAGGAGCAAAUGAAGGAGGAGAGACGGGCUUUUGAGGAGGCUCAGGAAGAAGAGAGAAGGAGAACACAGAAGCUUCAUUGCAGAGCAGCCACAAAACUCCAAGCUGCUCUUAGAGGAACAUUAGUGCGUCGCUGGAGCAAAACAGAGCUGAGCAAAAAGAGAGAGGAGGAGAAAAAACGUGAGCAGGAGAAGAGAACACUGGAGAAGUUGAAGAUGGAGAGAGAGGAAGAAAAAAAGCGGAUUGAGGAGGAAGAACGCAUUCAGAGAGAGGAGACAGAGAGACGGAGAGCAGAUUAUGAAAGAGCAAAAGAACAAGAGCGCCAUCGUCUGGAGAGAGAACGAAACGUUGAACAGCAGAAAAGGGAAGAUGAGAUGAGGGAGAGAAUUAAGAGGGAGGAGAAGAAUAACAUUACAAGUGUUAAAGAUGAUUGCAGGAGACAGGACGUGGAUGCAGACAAAACCAAUAAAGAAAUGCAGAGAAAAGAAGCCAAACAGAACCUUCAGGUGGAGGAUCAAUGUAAAAUAGAGGAGGAAAGAGACGAAAAGAACAAAAUCAAUGUGCUUAUUGUGCAAACUGAAAACAAAGACAAUAUGCUCAAUGCACAAAGAACAGAAGAUAAUAAUGAAAUAAUAAGAACACUGGAUAAGACAUCAGAGGGUGACAUAAACACAAUAGAAAAACAGGAUAAAUCCCAAAGCAUAAACGCAUUAGAUUACACAAGGCCUCAAAUAAACCAUUAUAAAGAAAGAAUAAAGAGCCAUGGAGAAGAAACUGAAACUGAUAGCAAUGAAAAGCAUGAACAAUCAAGAAAAAUGACCAAAAUCAUUGCACACUCCCACAUAAAUGCACAUCAAGGUCUUUCCAAUGACCUUGCCAUUGGUCAAGAUCAUGCAAAGAGCAUAAACUCAGACUUGAUGAUGCCUGCUUCUGAUUUGAAUGUAAAAUCAACUGAAAUGGAAAAUAGCUGUUAUCGAAAUACUACAGAAAGUGAGACUAAGAACUAUAAAGUACAAAGCCAAGAAUCGGUUUCAGCAUGUCUACCUGACAGCACAGAGCAGAAGCGGCUGGCCUGGAUGAUGAGCUGCACUCCAUGGUCCAAACUGUCACUGCAGAAUAAAAGGAAGGAGCAAUCCAAAAAGAGAAAAGCAAGAAAAAGGGGACCCAGUUUACGUCCUUUGUCUGAGGACGCUAUUCUCAAAGCAGGAGCUUGGAACUCUCUCAAACAAGUUACAACAGUGAUGCUGGAAGACCUGCCGGGCUGCAGCUUGUCCACACUGUCUGAGUGUCACAAACUGCAGACUUUGACUCUUAGGCGCUGCGGACUUACAUCUUUGGAUGGAUUAAACCAGUGCUCUCAAAUCAGAUACAUUGAUGUUCAAGAGAACUCAAUUACUCAUGUGGACUGUGAAGGUCUUUCCAACCUUCAGAUCCUCCUUCUGGGCAGGAACCAGCUGAUGAACAUUCACGGUCUUGAUGAAGCUCAAAACCUGCAAACUCUUCAGCUCUCACACAACAACAUCUCUCUCAUCAGUGGUUUAGGAGCCCUGAAAAUGCUUCUGCAUUUGUCAGUAGACCAUAACCAGCUGCUCAGCACCAGAGGUUUAAAGGAAAUUUAUACCCUUUUGCAUCUGGACUGUUCGUACAAUUACCUUAGUCACGUUGAGGGUUUGAAGAAUUGUGCUCUUCUUAACACAUUGGACCUCAAAGGAAACAGUCUGACUGAGCUGCCCGUUCUGCAGAACCACGUUCUUUUGAGGGACCUCUACCUAGAUGACAAUCUCAUUCCUAGUCUUGAUGAUCUGAAAUCUUAUUGGCUCCCUUUGCUCCAAAACCUCUCUGUGGUCCAAAACAGCAUAACACAUUUAAGUCCACUCUUGGACCUAGUGUCUCUGAAGACACUGGAUGUCAGUCAUAACUGUCUGUCAGACUUGCAGGACUUUUGUCUGAAUCUUCAGGAAUGCAGCAGUCUCCAAGAACUUAGCCUGACUGUUAACCCAUUACUGCAGGAAAACAACUGGAGGUCCUUGAUUCUGGAGACAGUGCCUGGUUUGAUUAAGUUGAAUAAUGAGCAGAUUGCAGCAGCAGCAGUGGGGCUCUGGAAAUGUCCAGAACAGAAGUGGAGUUUCCAGGCUCUCUGUCAAGCACAGCAAAAGCAGCGUCAUUCACUCCUCCAGCAGCAGAAGAUGGAGAUCAGUUCUGCACCCUCUAAACAUGACGCCCAGCUUCUUGCCAUUGGUCAUCAAACAGACCUGUUCCGACUGGCAGUGGAGCAGCGUUAUGCCCAUGAAUACGGUGACAGCUGUGUCACAGAGGAUCCUGCACUGACAACAGUGUUGAGUAGUCCAUGUGUUUUUCCUAAAGCAUCUUUAUCCGAAAAUCCAGAGAAACAGCAUCCGCUUACAAGAAACUGGCACAAACACAAUCCACAGAAAACUCCAAAUCCUCAAUCUCACCUCGAACUUCAAUCUGCUGACUGCAUAGAGACGCAAAGCGAGAAGGAGCCUGUUCAGGCACUCAACCUAAAAAUAGCGGCAGCUGUGGUGAUCCAACGAUUCUGGCGGAGGAGAUGCAUAAUGAAGAGACGCGAGGGCCUCCCUGGCUUAAUUGAAAAAACCAACACGAAAUUAAAGCUUCAUGAGGUGGAAGAUACCUGCAUUGAGAGACCUGAGAUAAAAUGGGCUGCUGUUGUUAUUCAGGUGAGACUCACUUUUAGAGUUUUUACAAAACAUUCACUUUUAUUUUUGAUCUUCUGCCUCAUAUCUCUGGAAAGGUGUUUUCCAUACCUCCAUUUAUGAAUGCAAUAAAUAACUGGAAUAAAAUUAAAUCAUCUUCAUUACACCCAUUACUGCCAAGAGCUUGUUUUGAAUUGGUAGGCAGUGCUUUUGAAAACGGGCUAUUC